AUGGAAAAUAGUACGAAGAAGAAAUUAAAAUUGAACGAAUAUUCUUAUAAAGUCGUUCAUCAUAAAAGUAGCAAAGGAGGAGAAGAAAGGUCUCAUGUUGAUUCUAAUAAAACAUAUAAUAUUGUGGACAAUGAUAAGAAUCGAAAAAUUGGAUUUUAUGAAAAGCUUUCAAAAAUAUAUAACAACUUAAAUAUAUUUAAAAAACCAAAUGAAGUGAAGGACAGAGAGUAUAUUGAAAAUAGGAAAAAAAAAAAAAAAACUGAAAUAAAAAUGAAUGAUAUUGAAAAAACAAAUGUAAAGGGAGGUAUGGAAGGAUAUAGAAUGAAUGGUAUAAAGAGUAAUAUAUCAUGUGAUAGAUCAAAUGAUUUGUCAUGUAAUUUAUCACAUUUUUUAAAUGAAGAAGAGAGUGAUAUAAGAAAACAUAGGAAGAAAAGAACAUAUGAAGAUAUUUCAAAAGAUGAUAAUUGUGUAAGUAAAAAUAAAAAAGAAGAUAUGGAUAAUUAUAGAGGUCCAUUUGAAUAUCAGUCCUUGUUAAAAUCUUUGUUAUAUAUUUAUAAUUUUUAUACAAAUAAGAAAGAUAAUUGUUUUAUAUAUAAUGAUGAUGAAGAUGGUAAAAAUUCCAUAUCUAAUAUUAUGUGUUAUAAAGAUGAUCAAGUAUUCACUAAUAACAUUUAUGAAGAUGGGAAUGAAUAUUACUAUAAUGACGAUACCUUUAAGAAAAAUGUAUAUAAAUCGAAAGAUCAUCUAGUUAUACCAUCUAAUGAUUUAAUUAAUUAUAAAAUAAAAGAGAGUCAAUCAGAAUAUAAUCAUUUUAAUAAUAUUUUUAUUAAUGUAGUAAAUGAUAAAUCAGGAUUUUUCUUUAUUUUUAAUACUAUAUAUUUUACACAUUUAAAAAAUUUUUAUUAUUUUGUUGAUAUAUUGAAUAUUUUAAAUUAUAUAGGAAAGAAUAAGAGUAUAAUAAAUACAGAUGAAAUAAAUAAAGAUAUAUUCAUAUAUGAAAAAAUGGCAAUGUUUGUAGAAUAUGCAUAUGAUAUAUUUGUUAAUCAUAAUAAAAGGGCUUCAUCAAAUAAUAACAAUAAUUUUGGUAACAACAAUAAUUUUGGUAACAACAAUAGUUGUGGUAACAACAAUAGUUGUGGUAACAUCAAUCAUUUUGGUAACAACAAUAGUUGUGGUAACAUCAAUCAUUUUGGUAACAACAAUAGUUGUGGUAACAACAAUAGUUGUGGUAACAACAAUAAUUUUGGUAACAAUAAAAAUUGUAGUAAUAUGCGUUUACAUGCAUUACAUACAAAAUUAAUGCCAUCUCUUAAAAAAGAAGAAAAUAAAGAGACAAGAAUUGAUUAUAUAAGAAAAGAAUUAGAAAAAUUAAAAAGUGAAAAAUCUUAUGAAGAACUUUUAUUCAUAUCUAUGAAUGAAUGUAAUAAAAAAAUAUAUAACGAAAUUAAUAAAAUACCUGAAUUAUUUUUUGAUAUAUCUGAAAUUAGUGAAUAUUCAUCAAAUGAUAUAAUAAUAUCUAGUGAUAUAAAUAAUUAUUCAUCAUAUCCUUUAUUUAAUAAAAUGGAUAAUAACUUAUUAAAGGAUAAUAAAGAAAUGAACACCCAACUUGGAAUAUAUGAUAAAUUAAAACAUAAACUUAGUUCAUUUACUUCAUCGACGUUGGGGAAAAAGAAAAAUUCUAUAGGAAAUACCAGUAAUAACAUAUUUGUUUUUAAAAGGAACAGCACAGAGGAUGAAUAUAAAAAAGAAGAAGAAAAUGAAACAGUUUCUUUUAAUAAUGAAACAAAUGAUCUAUUAAAACAAAAUAUGGAUAAUACACAUAUAGGUAAUGAUCAACAUGAUGAUGUAAUAUUUGUUGCAAAUAAUAAUAUUCCAAGUAAUCAUAAUAAAAAUAAAAAGAAGGAAAGCAUAAAAGAUUUUGUACUUAAUCUAUUCAAACAAAGGAAUGUAAAGAAUGAUGAAUAUACACCAGAAGAUAUUAAUAAUAUGAACAAUGACAUGUAUAAUGAUUUACAGAAGGAUAUACAUAAUGAUAAUAAUUAUCCUUUAAAUGAAAAUCAGAAGAACUUACAUGAAAGUGAUGAGCAAAAUAUAGAUAUACUCACGGAUGAACCAAUCUUAUUAAAUCUGAACAAUGAAGGAAGUACAAAUAAAAAUAAUUCUUUUGUGCAUGAUAAUAAUAAAAUUAAUGAAUGUGAUAAUAAUGGAAAGGAAGUCGAUGAAGAUAAAAGCUUUUUUAAAUUAGAAAAUGAACCUACCCUGGAACAUGAAACAACAAAGGAGCACAAUGAUUUGAGUCAUGAUGAGUUGGGGAAUAAUUUAAGUGAGAUGUCAGGUGAGAUGUCAGGUGAGAUGUCAGGUGAGAUGUCAGGUGAGAUGUCAGGUGAAAUGUCAGUUGAAAUGUCAGGUGAAAUGUCAGGUGAAUUGUCAGACGAAAUGUCAGACGAAAUGUCAGACGAAAUGUCAGACGAAAUGUCAGACGAAAUGUCAGACGAAAUGUCAGACGAAAUGUCAGACGAAAUGUCAGACAAAACAUCAGACGAAAUGUCAAACCAAAUUGCUGUUGAUAUGUCAGACAAAAUAUCAAACCAAAUUGCUGUCGAUAUGUCAGACAAAAUAUCAAACCAAAUUGCUGUCGAUAUGUCAGACAAAAUAUCAAACCAAAUUGCUGUCGAUAUGUCAGACAAAAUAUCAAACCAAAUUGCUGUCGAUAUGUCAGACAAAAUAUCAAACCAAAUUGCUGUCGAUAUGUCAGACGAAAUGUCAAACCAAAUUGCUGUUGAUAUGUCAGACAAAAUAUCAAACCAAAUUGCUGUCGAUAUGUCAGACAAAAUAUCAAACCAAAUUGCUGUCGAUAUGUCAGAUAAUAUGGCGCGUACCAUAUCAGAUAACAGAUCGGAUAAUAUGUCAGAUUAUGUACAAAAGGAAACAUUAAAGGAAGAAAGAAGGGAUAUAAUAUCACAGCAUGAUUUGGAAAACAAAUCAGAUAAACAAUUUAAUGAUAUGUCAAAGGAAGACCAAGAAAUUACAAUUAAUGGUAGUGUGUCAAACGGAAAAACAGAAGAAUCAAAUGUUAUAGAGAAUGGAAAUAUAUUAAAUCAAGUAAACAAAAAUGAUAAUUUAUUAGACAUUUAUGAAAAGGAACAAAAGGAUAUUAAAAUGUAUGAUCGUGAAGUAUUGUCAAAUAAUAGCAUAGUUAAUGAAACAUGUCAAAAUGAAGUACUAGAAGGAAUUUUAAAGCAACAAGAAAUUAAUGAAUAUAGUAAUGAGGGUAUAAUGAAGAAUGAAUUAAAAAAGGGUGAAACUGAAAAAUUGGAGGGAGAAAAUAUUGAAGUGGAAGAAGAAAAAAAUAUUGAAGUGGAAGAAGAAAAAAAUAUUGAUUUAAAAGAAGAAAAUAUUAAUUUGAAAGAAAAAGAAAAUAUUGAGAUGGAAGAAAAAAAAAAUAUUGAAGUGGAAGAAGAAAAAAAUAUAGAGGUGGAAUAUCAAAAUGAAGGUAUCAAAUUAGAUGAAGAAGAAAAUGUCAAAUCAGAUGAAGAUGAAAAUAUCAAAUCAGAUGAAGAAGAAAGUAUCAAAUCAAAUGAAGAUGAAAGUAUCAAAUCAGAUGACGAAGAAAAUAUCAAAUUAGAUGAAGAUGAAAAUAUCAAAUUAGAUGAAGAAGAAAGUAUCAAAUCAAAUGAAGAUGAAAGUAUCAAAUCAAAUGAAGAAGAAAGUAUCAAAUCAAAUGAAGAUGAAAGUAUCAAAUCAGAUGAGGAUGAAAGUAUCAAAUCAGAUGAAGAUAAUCAAUCAGAAAAUAGUAUAGAAUAUGAAUCUGGAGAAAGUCAAGAUUAUGAAUCUGAUAAGAGUCAUAGAAAGAAAAGAAAAUACAACGAAACAGUAAAACAUACAUAUGAUGUAGAAGAGAGUAUCGAACAACACACAUGUGAUCAUUCAUCUACAGGAUCAUGUAAAGCAAGAAAUUGCAAUGGAAUAAAUGACGAAGAAAUUAUUAAUUUUUUAAAAAGUAAUGAUAAAAAUGUAUAUAGGAAAUAUUUAAAGAAUUUAUUGGUUUGUGAUAAAAAAUGUUCUAUAGAGAAUCAUAGUGAAGAGAAAGAUUUAUUUCUGAAAAGAGUACAAAAAUUAUGUUCAUUAAUAAAAAAUAAAAAGUUUAAUUAUAAGUAUACAGAUUACUGGAAAAAGAAAGUACACUUUAAAUGUUGUAAAUUACAAAGGGCAUAUAACAUUUUUAUAAUAAUAAUAUUUUCUAUAGUAAAAGAAAUAAAAAAUCUAACCAAAGAAUUAAAUGAAAUGAGUAAUUUCAUUUUUAUAAAUUCUGGAAUCGAAACAUAUUUAAAUGAAUGUAAUAUAUCUCUAGUUCAGAAAAGAAAAGAACAUAAUGAUAUAAUUAAUAAUUAUUUUAAUGAGAAUAAUAUAAUAAAUAGUUUCUUUUUUAAAAAGUAUUUUUGUAAAGAAGAAAAAAAAAAAAAAAAAAAAUAUAUAUCUUAUAUACCAUUGCAUAAUUAUAAAAUAUUAUUUUUAUGUUUACAAGAAAUAUUUAAUGAUAAAAAUAUCCAUGACAAGUUAGAAAAAAUAUCUUAUUAUAUAGAAUUUGAUGAUACUAAUAUAUUACCAAAUUAUUGUAAUUCUUUUUAUAAACACUUUAAAAUAAAUGAAAUGUAUUUAUAUCAUAUUCAAAGUUUAUAUAAUGAUAGUGUACCAACAAUACCAUGUUUAAAUAUGUUUAUAUCAUGUAUGAAUUAUAAUUAUGGUAAGAUACAUAAAAAGAAAUCACUUUUUAAAUAUGAAUUAAAUAAUACACAUUUAUCAACACUUCCAUAUGUAUACUGUUGCGAUAUACAAUUAAUAAAAUAUUUCGAAUUCUUAAAAUUAAAAGAAACAUGUUAUAAAAUAAUUAAAAAUAAUAAAAUAUAUGAUAAUUUCUUAAGUCAUUUAUCCUCAUACAUAUUUGAUGAUUCCUAUUUCAUUAUACCAUUUUUUACUUCAUAUGGAAAAUUUCUGAUUAUAAUUAAAACAAACAAAAAUAUUGAUAAUUUACAACAAUCAAUGGAUACCCUCAAAAAUAAAAACUCAAUCACAUAUGAUGUUAUAAUAAACAGUUUUGUAUUUCCGAAUGAUAGCAGUUUUCAAGCUAUUAUUCAUUUCUCUCACAUUUUUAUAAACACGUUGAAAAACUUAUUCAAAACACGAAAUUCGGAUGAGGAUAUUCCAGACAUAACAUUCGAAAACUUAUUAAACGUAGACAAGAAGAGGCUAAUAUAUCAUGAAAUAGAAUCUAAUAAGAACAAACGUCAUAUUAUUAUGAACAUGAUUUUCCUAAUAGAAUCCUUUUUCAAUAAUACUGAAAAAACCAGAAUUCCCAAAGAGUUUGACGAAGGGUUAAGGUUCUUGUAUGUUAUAAGGCUCCUUGAAUUUUUUCACGAAAAGAAAGAACAUCAAUGUUAG